AUGUCAGGCUGGAGAAGUCUCGAUGUAGGCAUUAUUGGCGGCGGUAUUGGCGGCAUGUCCGCUGCAGUUGCCUUGCGUCGUGCAGGACAUACCGUGACCAUUUAUGAAAAGUCAGACUUUGCAGGCGAAGUUGGCGCUUCCGUUUCGUGUGCUGCCAACGGCACCCGCUGGUUACACGAGUGGAAGGUCGAUGUCGCCAAGGGUGACCCUGUGAUUUUGAAGAAGCUCAUCAACCGUGACUGGAAGACGGGCGAGCCCGUUAGUGUGUAUGACCUUGAUGAUUAUGAGAAGCGCUGGGGAUAUGCAUACAAUAUGUUCCACCGUCAGUACAUGCAUACCAUGCUAAAGGAUUCGGCCCUGGGCGAGGGUGAAGGAGCACCAGCAACCCUCAAAGUGAACUACCGAUGCCGCGAUAUCGAUUUAAAGACGAGUACCGUCGUCUUCGAGAACGGUGAAGUGAUAAGCCACGACCUAAUCAUCGGCGCAGAUGGAAUCGGAUCGGCUGUUCGAGGUAUUCUUGGAAUCACACCAGAAAAGCGGCCCUCCGACCAGAGCUGCUUACACACCAACGUCAAAACCGAGGAUGCCAUCAAGCUCGGCCUAGUCAACUACUCCGAGGAUAGCGCACUAGAGUACUGGGGUGGACAGGAAGGCAAAUGGGACAAGAUUGUUCUGUCACCCUGCAAUGGCGGCAAGCUCCUAUCGUACUACUGCUUCUUCCCGCGUGACAAAGGCGACUAUUCAACACAGGCAUGGGGCGCUGAGGACCGCCCUAUCGAAGAACUACUCAACCCAUACCCGGAACUGGACCGACAGGUAUUUAACCAUCUGAAGAUUGGGACAGAAAUCAAGCCAUGGCGUCUCUGGGUACAUGACCCGUAUCCAUAUAUGCAACGCGGUGCCACCUGUCUCUUGGGAGAUGCUGGCCACCCGAUGAUGCCUCAUCAAAGCCAAGGAGCCUGCAUGGCUAUUGAAGAUGCAGCAGCACUUGGACUGCUAUUUGAUAGGCGUUAUUUCUCUGGGGAUAUCGCUCAAGCCCUCGCUGUUUACGAGGAAGUGCGUCUGCCUCGUGUUACAAGGGUACAGGCAGCUGCAGCCAAGGCGGCUUACAAUAUCAAUGAACGGAUUGGUUUCUCCGUCAACAAAGAUAUUCCCACCUAUAAAGUCGAAGACACAAAGAAAGUUCUUACCAUUGAGGAGAUGAAUGCAGAUAUUGAAGAGAAACUCGCCAUAAAGCGUGGCACAACCUAUACUGACAAAUUCUUGUGUGGACUACCCAUCGGACUUGAGCUACCGAACGGGAUUACGAUUGGCGCAGUUGGCGCAUAG